AAGACAUUGAAAUCGAUCCUUAUCAAAAUAGAUUUGGCACAAUUAAUUUAAUUUGUGCUAUCAUUGAACAAACCAGAAUUCUUCAAUGCCUCCUACCGAUCUCACCGCCGGCCCCACGGCCGUCGACCACCUCACCGCGCCGCCACACAACGUGGCGGUGAUUGGCGCCGGCGUGGCGGGGCUCGCGGCGGCGCGGGCCCUCAAAGCAGAAGGCCACCGCGUCGUUGUUUACGAGAAAUCGGACAGACUCGGCGGCACCUGGGCUUACGACCCGCGAGUCGAGUCCGACCCGUUGAGCCUCGACCCGAAUAGGGAGAUCGUACACGGCAGCCUCUACCAAUCGCUGCGCUCCAAUCUCCCCCGGCAGAUCUUGGGCUUCUCGGACUAUCCGUUUUCCACCAAGACAAAUCGGGACCCGAGAACCUUUCCGGGUCACCAAGAGGUGCUCCAGUUCUUGAAUGAGUUCGCCGCCGAGUUCGGACUCGUUGAGUCGAUACGGUUCGGCACCGAGGUCGUCCGAGUGGAGCGAGACGAUCUGGAGAACGACCGUUGGGUCGUCGAGUCGAGACAUCAAGAAACGAACUUGAACGAGCUUUUUACCGCCGUUGUAAUUUGCAACGGACAUCAUACGGUACCAAAAGUAGCAGAUUUUCGAGGCAGAGAAAAGUGGCCCGGUAAGCAGAUCCACAGUCACAAUUAUAGGGUACCCGACCCAUUUGAAGAUCUGAUUGUGGUGGUGAUUGGCGACGGGCCGAGCGGGACGGAAAUUUCACUUGAAAUUGCGGCCGUCGCCAAGCAAGUUCAUCUCUCCUCAAGAUCGUCCGAAGUUCGAGUCUCAAAGAUGGAUUAUGGGGAUAAUAUGUGGCAACAUUCAAAAAUUGAUCAUGCAAAUGAAAACGGAGAAGUAGUUUUCGAAGAUGGUGAUGUCGUUCAUGCAGAUAUCAUCCUCCAUUGCACCGGGUUUUUGUAUAGUUUUCCAUUCUUGAAAACCGAAGGCAUAAGUGUGGAAGAAGGCCGUGUUGGCUACCUCUACAAGCAUAUAUUUCCUCCAAAGCUUGGCCCAAAUCUUUCUUUUCUUGGACUCCCAUAUAUGACUCUUGUAUUUCAAAUGAUAGACUUCCAAGCAAAGUGGGUGGCGCACGUUUUAUCCGGUAAGGCGCGCCUUCCAUCGGAGGAGGAGAUGGAGGCGGACGUGCGGCAACACUACCAAAGCAUGGAGGAGAAAGGGAUCCCUAAGUACCACACUCAUUCACUCCACUUUGAGUUGGAUUACUUGGAUUGGCUAGCUAAUCAAGUUGGAGCAAAAGGAGUUGAUGAAAGCGCACGGUUGGUAUUGAAAAGUUAUUUGAAAUUCUUUAUUGGAAGGGACAAAUGGAGGCAAAAAGAUUGGGAACCUACCAAUUUGAUGUAGUUAAAUAAUGUGAUAAUGAGAUCCAACAGUGGAUGGGUAUAUACACGGCACGACCAGCUCGCAUUCAAGAAUUCUUCAGUAUAUUUUCUUCAUUUUGGAAUGAUAAAAAAACCAGAUCUUUGCUGUUGUCGACUUGGGUUUGUACUAUUUGGAUUUUAUGGAAGAAGAGAAACGAGAAACGUUUUGAAAAGAAAGAGCGGGCUGCAAACUCCAUUGUUUUGGAGAUCAAAAUUAGGCUAUGGUGCUGGAAUAAGGUGUUUAGAAUUGUGGACAAAGAGCUUGAUGUUCAAGCUUGGUGCGCCUCUGACCUCAUUAACUUCUUGUUGUAAGAGCAUCAACAACGGCGGGUGCAAUGGCGGGAUCGAACCCGGUCUAUCGCACCCACCACCGUUGCCGCACCCGGGUGCAAUGGAGGUGGAGCAAGCGGCCGCACCGAGUGCAAAGGAGGGGCGGUGGCAACACGCGCCCCUUUUCAAGCAAAAAAAAUAGCAAAAUUGAAAAAACAAAUUUUAAAAUUGAAAAAAUCGGCAGAAGCCGUUUUUUUCUUCCCGUUGAGCAACAUACGCUAGAUUUUUAGGAUUUUUUAUUUUAUGUUUGUUUUAAUUUAAGUAAUUUAGGAUUUUAAUUUUUUGUAUUGCAACUUUAAUUCAAUCAAUGUAGGAUUUAAAUUUGAAUUCAGUGAAAUUUUAAUUUAUCAA